AUGGCUCUUCCAAUAAUAUACAUCAACAGCUGGCCUGGCGCAGGCAAAUACACCGUUGCGAGAGAACUCGAAAAACAGAUGGAGGGAAAAGUUCGCGUUAGAUCCUCUUCUCUGGACGUCUCAAUAUGCACGCCCCAAAUUUCUCACAGCCUACCACAGGUUCGCAACCACCUCCACAUCGACCUUGCUGGGGCGAUCCUUCCACGGACGAGUGCCGACUACCUUGAGCUGCGUCAUCAACUGCGCUCCGCCCUCUUCAACACUCUCGCCACAUCUCCGGAUUCUUUCGACCAUUUUUAUGUCUUCACCGAUUUCCAGACCGCCAACGAAGAAGGCAUAUCGGUAGCCUCAGAGUACGAGGCCGCGGCUAAGAAACGAGGCUGCGCUUUUAUCCCUGUCAUACUUACAUGUCAAGUCGCGGAGAACGAACGAAGGUUGCGAUCACUAGAGCGUCUAGGAGCGUUAGAGGGUGGCAACGGCAUGCUGGUAGAUACUGAUGUGCUGAAACUGUUCCGGGAGCGUGGGGACGUUUACAGGUUCCAAUGUUCCAAGCAGCUGGUCUUGGAUGUUACGGAAAUUACACCCGUGCAGGCGGCUGAGAAGAUCAUGCAGCAUGUAAGAGCGGUAUGUGGGGGAAGAGGGGAGGAGCGGAGGAAGGGGGGGGGUGGAGGAACAGGCAGUGUGAUGAGGGGGGUGAACAUGGACGUGAAAAUUUCUGAUGAGGUCAUUUAG